UUGACUUCUCUGGGGCUAACAAGGGAUCCAGAAGAUUACGUAUGUUUAAGGAACUCCUGUUUUGAAAUCAAAGAUGUUGAUGAUUCAAAAGAAUUUGACAGGCUGAAUGUUUGCUUUGAAAAUCUUGGAAUGACCGAUCCAUCAAGGUACUACAAAAUAAUAGCUGCCAUUCUUCACUUAAGUAAUAUUGAGUUUGCCGAAAACGAGGAUCAGGCAUGCAUAAAUAAUAGCUGUAAUAAGGGUAAUGUUAAUCCUGUUGAAAUGGCCUGUAAGCUGUUGAAUAUUUCCGUCACUGAUUUUUUAAAAGAAGUGUUGCAUCCUUCAAUAAAAGCGGGCAAUGAGACUGUAACGCAUUCUCGUACAAAAGAGGAAUGCCUUAAGGUCAUUGAGGGUCUUAUGAAAAUGCUGUAUGAUUCUUUAUUUGAUAACCUGGUGUUUGAAAUUAAUUCUAUCCUCGAUAUCUCUUCAUCUGACUCCUUUAUUGGAGUCUUGGACAUUGCUGGCUUUGAAAUAUUCGAGAAUAACUCUUUUGAACAGCUGUGUAUAAACUACACUAAUGAGAAGCUGCAGCAGUUCUUCAAUCACCAUAUGUUUAUCCUGGAGCAGGAAAUAUACAAGAAUGAGUGCAUAGACUGGAAUUUCAUUGAUUUUGGUCUGGAUUUAGAGCCUACUAUCAGGCUUAUUGAAAGCAACAAUCCCAUAGGAAUAUUAUCAUAUUUGGAUGAAGAAUGUGUAAUGCCCAAAGCCAGCGAUGAUACUCUUCUUAAUAAGAUUAAGGGAAUACAGGGUGUGGAAAAGUGUCCAUUUAAGAAUACAUUUAGAAUUAAGCAUUAUGCUGGUCUUGUAGAAUAUGAAGUUAAGGACUGGCUUAACAAGAAUAAGGACGUCCAUUCAGAGAAUCUUCACAAGCUAGCAUCUUCUCAUCUUCUUUCUACUCGCAAUGACUCCAACAUAAAAAAAGGUAUUUUCAGAACAGUCAGUCAAAGUCAUCGGGAAAAUCUAAGAAGAUUGAUGGAUCUAUUGAGAAAUACUAAUCCUCACUUUGUAAGAUGUAUCCUUCCCAAUUUAAAUAAGAACAGUUCAGAAUUCAACAAGAAACUUAUUUUGGAUCAGCUAAAAUGCAAUGGUGUAUUAGAAGGAAUUAGAAUAUCACGGCUUGGAUAUCCUUCAAGAAUAUCCUUCAAGGAAUUCAAUGAGAGGUAUUUGAUACUACUCAAUGUAAAUACAAAUGUUAUGAGUGAUGAUAACGUGAACAUGGCUAAUGAGCUUCUACUUAUUCCAAAAAAUCUGUCCAAGAGUAUUCUUGAAUCUAUUGAAAUUAAUAGUAAUGACUACAGAAUAGGCAAUACAAUGGUUUUUUUAAGACAAGGAGUUCUAGCAGAUAUGGAGGACAUGAGAGAAAGGCGAAUAUCCCGUCUUUCCAGAGUUGUCACGGGCAUUCUCCUGCACAAAAUUGAAUUGAGGAGGAGUAAUAUAAACCAAGAAAGGCAGAAGGCUAUCGUUCUUUUACAAAAGAAUGCCAACAUGACAUAUGAGCUAUUGAAAUGGAAGUGGUGGGCACUUUUUAUCAAGAUUAAGCCGUUGCUGGAAGUUCAGAAGAAUGAAGAGAGCAUCAGAGAAAAAGACGAGCAGAUUAGAGCAUAUGCAGAUCUUGUUGAAAGGGAAAGGAAGGAAAGGAAGAAGAUGGAGGCAUGUAUUUCAUCCCUGAAUAACUCCGUAGAGGAGUUUAAAAAGACCAAUGACCUUUCAAGACUAGCCUUGGAUGAGAAGGAAGGUUUACUUGAAGGUCUAAGAAGGGAGAAUACCGAGCUAUUAUCUAGUCUCGACAAACAAUCUAAGAGCAUCGAGUCCUUAAAGGAUAAAGUAAGACAAUGUGAAAUUAAAGAAGAAAACCACUGUGCAGCGAUAAAGGAUCUAAAUGCAGCGCUCGAACAGACAAACAAGGAACUAAAGAGUAAAGAGGAGACCAUCUCAAAUCUUGUCCAAAAGGGUGGGGAUUUAAAUUCAGUUUUGAAACUAAAGGAGAGUGAAAUCAACGAAAUAUUAAAGAGCAAAGACGAAUUGGAGAAGAUGGUAUGCGAUAUUAAGACAGAAAAUGAGCUGGUCAAAGGGGAAUGCUCAGCACACAAAAAUACUAUUUCAGCUUUGGAAGAGAAGAUCAGUUGUCAGGACGAUGUUAUUCGAAAGACUAAAAAUGAAUUUGAUGAUGUUCAAUUUGAAAAUGAAAGCUUGCAGGGUGAAAUUAGAAAGAAGGAGCACAUAACCCAAGAAAACAAUAGACAAAUAUCAGCAUUAAAACAAGAAUUGGAGUAUUUCAAGGCUAAGACAAACACCCUCGAAAGCAGCCUAUUGGCCAACCAGGAACAGGCAAAAAGUCUUGAAUCUAAAAUUGAAGAGCUUAAGUCUAUUAAAAACGGAACCCAGGAAACUGUCGUGUCUUUGCACAAGCAGAUCAAGACAUUAAGCUUAAAAUUGUCUAAUCUCGAAAGCAUAAACUCUGAACUAAGUAGAGAAAAGGAUGAGAUGUAUGAGGAAAACCAAAGACUAGCAAAGGAAAAGAUCGAGGCUCUGUGCCUAGUUGAUUGCAGGGAGAAUCAAGAGAGGAAGGCUCUGCAGCUAGAAAUUCAUAAAUUAAGACUUGAGAAUGAGAAGCUGCGCAGCGAUAUUGCCAAUGGGUCAUCUUCUCAUGAUGAAGGAAUGGAGUCUAUUCUUGACAAAAUAAAUCAGCAGUUAGAGAAUGAGAAAAGUAUAAAAAAACAGUAUGAAAGAAAGGUAAAUGAGCUCGAGACUGGAAAUGCUAUUCUAGAAAAUAGGAUUAGGGAGCUGAAUCAACAACUUAAGGAGUCCGAAGAGAGUUGCAUAAAAGUAGCAUCAGAAUUUACGCAUAAUUUUGUACCAAAGACUGAUGUGAUUAAGCUUAAGGAGGGUCUGGAAAGCGUCAGAAAUGAGGCUAAUUUGAUUUCAGACCUUUUCCAGAUAAAGUUUUUUGAGAUUUUAGAUUCUAAAAAUCUGCAAAUUGAAAGCCUGAUUAAUGAAAUUUCUAGGCUUUCCAAUGAAUUAUCCAUUGCUAGAUCUGAGAAUGAGUCGCUAAAAGAGCAUGAAAAUGCCAACAUGCUGUUAAAGAGGGAAAUUGAAGAUGUUCUCAAAAAGAAUAGUCUUCUUAAGACUGAGAUUGAUGCUUUGACAGUGAAUAACGAGAGUAGCUUGAUUCAAAUAGGAGAGCUAAAAGACCAUAUUGGUAAAUUGCAAACACGCUUUGAUGAAAGAGAAGACGAGAUUGAAAGGAUCAAAAGGGAAUAUAAUAAAGAAAUGGGUGAGAUACUCCAAAAGAAGGAAGAAUUAAAGAAGAAUUUAUGUAAGGUUCAGGAGCUGAUUGGACAUGAAAUCACGGAUGGGGAAGUGUCAAGGAAAAUCAACUCAGCAGUAAAGCCAUUUGCUGAAAGGGUUGAGGCCUUGAAUAGGCAGUUGAAUGAGGCAAAUGUAAAGAUAGCUGAGAAGGAAGCUGAGAUAAGCAGAUUAUCAGAGAUGAUGCAGAAGCUUAGCAGUAAUUUGGAAGGGGCCAUAAAUGCCCAUGACAAUCCCGUUAAUUUAAGCAAUGCCAGUAACAACAGCAUUGAUGGUGGUAAUUUAAUCAGAGAAAGACUAGUCAGCUCUUUUGUUGUAGACAAGGAUGCAUUAAAAACCAUCGAACGAAAGAAGCUUCUAAGCUGUAACUGUGGGCUUUUAAAUAAAGUCAAGGUUGUUGAAAUUCAGAGGGAAAACAAAGAAGAGGUGGUGAGAUUGAUAAAUGAAAACAACCUACUCAAUUUAAAACUAAGACAGACCGAAAGGGUGGUCGAAGAGCAGAGUGCAUUGGUGGAGAGCAUGAGGGGAUGCAUUUCAAUUCUCAAAAAGAAAAGUAAGUAA